AUGACUUGGGCCAUCGAGCUCUCCCAAUAUGACUUGCAAUACGAGCCCCGACAUGCAAUCAAGGCACAGGCGAUGGCAGACUUCCUAUUAGAGGUAACGGGUGAUCCUCCCGAGGAAACGGGCAUACGGUGGAGGCUCCAUGUAGACGGGGCCUCCAACCAAACGUCCGGAGGUGCCGGGGUCAUCCUAGAGAGCCCAGCUGGGGUCAUAUACGAGCAAUCAACCAAGUUCGAAUUCCCCGUAUCGAACAACCAAGCGGAAUACGAAGCCCUCUUGGGUGGACUAAUCCUAGCCCGGGAAGUCGGGGCAACAAGGCUGGAAGUGUGCAGCGACUCACAGGUCAUCACCUCACAAGUGAACGAAAGCUAUCAAGCCAGAGACCCGCUGCUGCAAAAGUACUUGGAAAAAGUUAGAGAAUUGACCAGGCAGUUCCAGGAGAUCACGGUCCAACACAUUCCGAGGGAGAGGAACACAUGGACAGAUCUCCUAUCUAAGCUAGCGAGCACAAAGCCGGGAGCGGACAACUGGUCUCUCAUCCAGGGCAUGGUAAAGGAACCAAUGGUUGCCCUACAGCUGGCAAAGUUAAACCCCUCCUGGUUAGACCCCAUCACAAACUUCCUGGAACAUGGCAAACUACCAGACGACGAGAAAGCAGCCAAAACAUUGAGAAGGGAGGCAGCCAAAUAUGCGACCAUACAAGGACAACUGUUCAGAAAAGGACUCAGCCAACCCCUAUUGAAGUGCCUGCAUCCCGAUCAGACGGACUACGUACUUAGAGAAGUCCAUGAGGGAUGUUGCGGCCACCACAUCGGGGGAAAAGCCCUAGCAAGGAAGCUCAUACGAGCCGGGUAUUACUGGCCAUCAAUGAUGAAAGACUCCAGGGAAUUCGUGAGAAAAUGUGUCAAGUGUCAAGAGAACGCCAACUUCCACAGAACGCCAGCUUCCGAGCUGAAUCUACUGACGGCCUCCCGUCCUUUCGCAAAAUGGGGGGUCGACCUACUGGGACCCUUCCCGGUUGGCCCCGGGCAAGUCAAAUACCUCAUAGUUGCCAUUGACUACUACACAAAAUGGAUUGAGGCCGAACCACUGGCCAGCAUAUCGUCAGCCAACUAUAGAAAGUUCAUGUGGAGGCAGGUGAUAACACGGUUCGGCAUCCCGGAAGUCGUUAUCUGA